AUGGAGAGUAAAUACAAGGGAAUCCUUUUGUUCAUUGGACUGGAUAACAUCACCAAUAAAGAGUUCCACAGAUUUAAAUUCUUUCUUUCAGAUAAAUUGAAAAUCUCAACAAACAAACUCGAAAAGGCACAUAGGACUGAGGUAGCUAACCUGGUGAUUCAGAUUUCUGGUAGAGUCUACACUGUGAUGAAGACCACUUUUCGGAAGUUGAAUUAUAGGCAUGUGGUGAAAUGUCUAGAGAUGGUGGUCCAGGAGAAGUCCAUGCAAGAAGGAUUGCAGAAAAGAUAUGUUGCAGCCAUGGUACUGAACGCAAUAAAGUCAUUCAAGUGUGAGUCCUAAGAAGGGAAGAAAGAAAUGAUGCUUCAUUUAACAAUGACAAUGGAUCCUUUUUUGUGAAUGUUUUCAAGACAGCCAAAAGAAAAAUUCAUCUCAAAGUAAAUAAUUAAAAUAUCAAGGUUUUAUCACCAAAAUACUUUUCUGGAGGUAAAUAAUGACUCACUUGUAUCUGAUGCUGAAUCUGACCAGAAGAUCAGUGUUUCAAAGCAUAUUAUCAGAAAAUCUAGAACCCCAAAGAUCAAUAAGCUUUAAAGUCAACCUAUGGGAACAAUUGUGAAUGGAGUGUUUGUAAUACAUAAGGUAACAGAGAGAAGAAGGAAUCGCAUCUCAUUUAACCCGAAUGACAACACAAGGAUCAUGGAAGUAGUAGGGCUUGGAUCACCCUCCAAAAUCAACUGUAAGGAAGGGGAUAAACUUCAAAUUACAUUCUUUAAGCUGUCAGAAAAUGGAGAAAAGUUGCAGCUGAAGUCUGAAGUUCACAGUUUCAUUAAGUUAGAAGAUGACGUAGGCAACACCCCAGGGAAACCUCUUACAUCUGAUCUUCACUGUGACAUGAGUAAGAGUUUUUCAUCCCAUCCUUAUCCCCUUACAACUGAUUAG